AUGGUGGAAAAAUUGAAACCUGAAGUGUUAAUAUUCAACGUUAUUGAUGUUGAGAUAAAGAAUACUCUUAAGAUCAGCUCCAGUCUUGAACUCAAAUUUCAACUCUUUAACGAAGUGACAGGAAAAUUUGUUCACCAAUCAGAUAAUGAGAUUCUAAAUAAAUCAUGGCGAAUUUAUUCAGAAGUCGAAAAAUAUGAUCAAGACUUCUUAAUAUUAAAGGCUCUUUCAUCAGAUUUAAUUGAGCUCGGAUCCGCCAAUAUCCGUCUCAAUCAAAACUUCCCGGACAGGCAGGUUAUCUCAAUCAAAGAAAACGGCGAAGAAAUUAUAGAUGUUAGCAUUGAGAUUAUUCUCCAAGAGAUAAAUGAAGAAUCAUGGAACAUUACAGAUAAUGAGUUAGAAAUGAUAGAAGGGUCUAAAACUGACCUGAAUUUAGAGAUAAAGAAAAAUAUAUACUUUGAUGAAAAGCCAAUAAAUAAUGAUACAGCUAAGCCUGAUGAUAAUGAAUCUCAAUUUAUUUCUCAAGCUAUUGAUGAAACCAAAGAGCCCCUUCUUGAAGAAAAGAAAAAUGAAGCAAUUAGCUCAAUGAACUUAGAAGAGCAAUCGCAACUAGAUCAGCUAACUGAAGGCAAAAUUAGCUUUGCUCAAGAUCCCAGGGAUGAAGAUUUACAUGAUUUACAACAAAAAAUACAAGAGGGUUUCGCAAAGCACGAGAUUAACGAUAAAGAGCAAUUAUAUGCAAAAAUCCAAGAUUCUGAAGAAAAUUUUAAUUUUUGGAUGGAAAAAGGAAAUCAUGAAGAAGCAAGAGAGGAAGAAAAAAUAUUGAUAGAGUUGAACAAAUUGCUUACUUACUUUGAAAAAGUCUCUAUAAAUUAUGAAACAAUUGAUAAACCAAAAAUUGAUUUAGAUAGCGCAAACAUAGAAAUAAAUAUUGAAGAAGAAUUUAAACUUAGGCUUGCAAAAUACAAUAUUAAAAAUCAUGAAGGUUUGCUUAAAAAGAUAAAAGAUACAAAUAAAGAUAUUAAAAUGUAUAAGAAACUAAAAAAGAAAAUAUUAGUAGAUAAAGCAGAAGAGACUUUAGAAGAGCUUGAAUAUCUUUGCUCACUUCGCGAUAGAUUAGUGGUUAAGACUCUAAAAGAAAGAGAAAUAAAUUAUAUCCAAAGCAAAAUAAAUUUCCUAGAUGAUCUUUAUGAAGACGCUGCAUCAAUGGCAGAGAGUCUAGAAAAGCAUUUAUCAAAAAUUUUAUGCUAUUUUUCCUCAAAGUCUUUUAAUUUUGAAUUACCACAAUUGCUCUUGGAAAAGAUAAACCAAAUAGAUUUAGACCAAGAGUUUGAAAUUCUUAAUGAAUUAGCGAAAAGACCUGAUGAAAAAAUAGAUUGUAAACUUGCUAAUACUUUAAAAGAGUACUCAGAAAAACAAACUUGGGAGUCUGCAAUCGGAGCCAUUAGAAAAAAUAUUAGAAAUGUAAGCCCUAUAAAUUUUAAAGAGCUAUUUAGACUCAUAGAAAAAUCAAAAAUGAUGACUGAAAAUCUAGAAAAUAAGGAUAUAAUUUUAUUGAUUGGGUCAACAGGAUGUGGAAAAUCUACCACAGUCCAUUUCCUAGCUGGAUCCAUGCUCACGAAAGUAAAAGAAAAUGGUAUCGAACAUAUUAUCCCUUUUUUAAUAAAUGAUGAGGCACUCAAGAAGGUUAAUGUUUCUAACCUUUAUAAAUCUGAAACCAAGCACAUAACUGCAGUAAAAAUCCCAACAGAAUCAGAAAUUUUUGUUUGCGAUACACCAGGACUAAUGGACACUGCAGGUGCUGAAGUAGAUAUAGCAAAUACUAUAGGAAUUGCUAAUGCAAUACAAAAAUGUAAAAGCGUAAGGCCACUAAUUUUACUAAGCGGUAAAGCUGAUGGUGAUAGAUUUCAAGGGUUUAAAAAGUUAGCCAAUUCUCUUUCUAAAUUCUGUCCUGGAUUAAAAAAAUACUCGCAAUCAUUUGGCUAUGCUUUUACUAAAUAUGAUAAAGAUGAAAUAGAAAAUAUCCACGGAAGGAUUAAUAAUUUACUCACUGAUGAUAGUCAUGAUUCGCUCUCAAGAGAGUUAAUAGAAGAUAUUGAGGAAAAAACAAGAAAAGAAAUUAACGUGAUUUACCCAUUAACUGAUAACCCUGAACAUAUUCUUCACAAAAUACUUGAUAUAAUUCCUAUUGAUAAUCCUGAUCAUAUUUUCAAUUGUUUUUUGACAUCAGAAUCAAGAGAAAAAAUACAAAGUCAAAUUGAUAUUCAUAAAGGAGAGAUUGAAACUGCCCUACGAAAAAGGGACUACUCUAUAAUAAAAGACAGGCUAGAAGAUUUAAAAACAUUAUCUUUUUUAUUUAAAGAAUAUGAAGAAAAAUACAAACAAUGCGUCGACUCAGUAAUUGAAGGAACCAAUGAAAUAUUUCAUUCUGCUACUAAGCUAUUCAAUAGUUCAGUUCAUGAGAAGAAUGUUUUACUCAAAGAUAUAGUAGAAGCAUAUAAGUGCAGCUUCAAUGAAAUUAAAGAAUCAGAAAAAAUUAGAGAAAGCCAUCUAAAAGGAGAAACACCUUCUCCGGAAGAAUUCUUGAAUAAUAUUGAGCAGCAGCUCAAAUGAAAUGAAAAAAAUAAUAUUGAAAAUUUUGAUAUUGAAGUUGCUAAAGCUAAACUAAAAAAUUUGAGUCUUAUUGCUGAAUUUUUCGAAGAGUUUAAUGGGAAAAAUUCUGAAUUAAAGCUGAUAUAUGAAAAUUUUAUUAUUAACAUGAUAAAGGAAGCAGAAAAGAGUUUUGAAAUUAAGGAUUUUAAUUUAUGUUCUAGUAACAUCAGACAAGUUAAAACAUACUUAAAAAAUAUUGGGGAAUACUUGAAUUUGAGUGAUUUAGACAUAAAAUAUAAAGAACUCUUACCCUCUCCUUAAAUUAAAUAACUAUAUUAUAUUUUUCUAUAAAUUAAAAAAUGUAAAUUGAACUCUAUAUUUUUGAAUGCAAAUUUAUUUUUAUAUUGAAUUAAUUCAAAAAAAAUUAAUGAAUUAUUCAUUUCAUUUUUUUUAUAAAAUUAGCUUUCACCUAUAAAUUUCCAUAUUAAAAAAAUUGCUUCAACUUAAUGUGGAUUGAUUUUCCAAAAAAAAUAAGAUUUUUGACUGUAAUUUGUUCCAGUUUAAGGGAAGAGCUAGAAAUAAUAAAAUCUUCUAUAUUGGCUGUAGUUGGGAAUUUAGCGCCAUUAUACGCUAAGGAUAAAACUGAAGAAAAUGAUAUUGAUACUAUAAUUAAUCAUUUCGAAAUUUUGAGCAAUAUUAAAGAAAUAGAUAUGUUCAAAGAGAUUAUUGACAUUGAAAACUUAGAGUCCUCUAUCGCAAAUGCAGUAGAGCAAUAUUCUGAUCAUUAUAAUAAACUAAGUGCAAAAAUAUUUGAUAUCAUAAAAGAUAAUGAUACCUGUGGCUUAUCAGCUGCUAAAGCAAUUUUUGAAGAAAUGGAAUUACUAACAAAAAUUAAUGAAAUUGAGGUAAAAGUGAGUGCUGCACAUAAAGGUCUUAAAUUUGAAAUAGAACGAAAAAUGAUGAGGUUUAAGAAUAAUAUUAAAGAGAUUCUUAAUAGUUUCGCAAACUCUGAAAGAAUAGAUUUUAAAUUACUAUCUAUCUCUCUAGCAGGAUUAAAAGAAGGGGAAUGAUUUGAAAAAUACUGCCCUGGUGUUUUCGAAUCAGAAUUAGGCAAAAUUAACCAAGAAAUUAUGAAUUUCGUGGAUGAAAUUGAUUCGAAAUUUAAAUAUAUUGACUUAAGCAUCGAACACUCCAGUUCAAUUAAAAAAGCCUUUGAUUUAGUGAAUCAAAUGAAAUCAAUUGAAACUUUAAAAGAGUUCAUACCAUCAUUAGAAAAGAUUGGAGAAAGCUACUGUAAUAAAUUUGAAAGUAGUAUUAAUCAAGUUUUACAUGAAAUUACUAGUGAAUUUCUUCAUGAAAAGGAAGACUCAAAAUCAUUUAAUGAGGAUCAAAAUAACUUGAAAACUGACUCAUUUGAAGAAAAUUAUCAUGAAGAUAUUGAUGAAAUUAAAACAUCUGCAAACGAAGAAGAAAAACAAAUCAAAAGCACUCAGACUAAGGAAAAUACACUUAAUUGAACGAAGGCAAAUCAUGCAUUUAAUUAUUUAAAAAUCUGCAAAGAAAUUUCUUAUAUAAACUCUGAAUGUUUAUGAACUGAAUUUACUGAGUUUCUUCAGAAGAGCUGACAGCAAAUCAAUCAAAGCUUUGAUAACUCUUUCAAUAUAAUACAGAGGUUCAUCAAUAAAGAACCGUUGUCAGAAGCCCAAUGCAAAGAAGCUUCUCAGGGAUUAUAUUUGGCAUAUGAAAAAGGAAUAGAUAUAAGAAAUAAAUCUCAGUCUAUUGUAGAUUAUUUGAAAUGUGAAAAUACACUUGAAGAAUAUAAUACUAAAAUAAUUCGUAUUGAGCAAGAGCUUUUUAACACGUCUGAACACUAUAAGCAUGAGAAUCAAAUAAAUCAAUACUACUUAUCCUUGCUUAUAUUUGAAUCCUUAUCUUUAUUAGAUCAAAUCAUAGCUAAUAAGACCACGUUUUCUAAACGAUUUUCAAAUAUUCAAGAUGAAUUUUUCAAGCAAAUUGGUGAAACUGAAAAAAAUAUCAUUAAUUUUAUUCAUAAUUUAGAUUUUUCUGAAGCAGAAAGACUAAUAAAUAGCUUGGAUAAACUCAACAAGCGUGGCAAUUUCAGAAUGAUUUCAAAUAAAAUACAAUCGGUUAUUUCAAACCUUAUGCUAAACAGUCAACAUUGCUUGGAAGAGGCUAGCAUCAAAACUAAUGAUGAAAAUAUUAACAAUGUUGUGGAAAAUCAAAAAAAUAUUAAAAAUGCCAAAGAAAAAAUUUUUAGCUAUAUUGAUGAAGAGACUAAAUUAAUCCUCUUUGAGUCAAUAAUAAUUUAAUAUCGUGUUGGUGACGAAAUAUGUUCUUACGGAGGGGCAGAAAUGGUUUUAUAGCCUAAAUCAAAGUUGGGACGCUUUAAUUCUAUCCCUUAACAUACCUUUGAGCUGCCAUAUGGGGGCGGAUAGCAGCUUGUGACAUAUUCAAAUCCAGAUUUUAGUUAUCCGAUGGUUUUUUGGCAACCGGUUCCAGAGGGUCAUGCUUCUUUUUCCUAGAUGUCACUCUUAUCAAGGUGACCGAUAGGAGGCAUCGGGCUGACCUUUGCCUCAAUAGCACCCACAAGACGUGAAACCAGAGGAUUCUUCUAACCUGCCGAGGCCCAGGGAUGGUGGUGCAACGCCAGUCUCGGGAGUAGAGUAUGGUUUAGGCAACUGAAUUCCUCUGGCAAGAAGGUUACGGCGGUCGCAAUCAAAUCUGGAAGACUUUAAGCCCUUUAACCUUAAUCUUUGAGUCAGAAACUCAGUUUUAUAGCUUCCUUGCGGAUAGAAUAAAAAAUUGAAUUAUAAGAAUUGAGCAGGCAAUUAAUAAAUAUAGCUACUAUGAUGCAGAAACAUUUAUUGGAAAUCUUGAAAAAAUAUCCUGCAUUUUAAGUUUUUCGGAAAUUACUAGCUUAUUAGAGUUUGAGAUUUCGGAUUUAAAAAUAAGGAUUGAAAAUCUUCCACAAUCAUUUCCAGAAAAUUUUGAAAGCAUCCCUAUAGAAUCCUACAAAGAUUGUAUCAAUCCAAAAUAUAUUAACGAUGACCCCCCCAUCAAUCUUCAUCAAAAAAAAUCUUCAUGGUACUGCAACACAACAUUUUUUAUAAAAAAAAUUAAUGCAUUUUUCUCUAACUCCCCCCCCCCUCCGUGAGCGAACAAAACCCAUUAGAAAAAUCGCCAUUUUUUGACCAAAAACCCACCCUCCGUGAGUGAACAAAAAUUUUAAUGGAAAAAAAUUUUGAUAUAUAAGUGAUAAUUAGUAUAAUGAAAUCUAGAGCUAAUUCUGUUUAAUUUUAAACAAAUUGCGUUUUAAAAACAUAAAUUUUGCAAAUUAAAUUAAUAUUUGCUUCCCAAUUUUUGCAAAUUAGGAUUUUUUUAAAUUUCGAAAAAAAUAUUUUUUAUAAAAUUUAUAUAAAAUUUUUUUAAAAAAAAAAAAUUAACCCCCCUCCGUGAGCGAACAAAAUUUUUUUUGUUCGCUCACGGAGGGGGGGGGGGGGGGGAGUAAGUGAGUUUCUCAAAAACCAUUAAAUAGCGCUGCUGCAGGCGUGUCAAUGACCUUCUCAUCGAGAUUUAGACGGCUAUUGUAAUUGCUCGCCAUUUUAUUAAACUUAUCUAGCUAAAAAGUACGGAAAAAUUUAAUAUGCGCAUCGAAAAUUUGUCGCAAGAGGAUUAGGAUUAUUACAGACAGGUGCUAGCCAUAUUGGUGAUGCAGUCACCAAAGAGCUCCCGUACGGAAGGUUCUGCUGUUUUUCGACUCCAACCCAGAGAGUCUAUCCCUCUUACGAGUGCCCUUCCGGCACCUUCUGUCUCCUCCUUGCUUUGCGGCUUCAGUCUUGAGUGGGCGGCUUAUGGAUUUCUGCGGCCCUGCUACGAGCAAUUGGAGUAUAGGGCUUUCUCUUGAAUAGCCCGAUAACGGACUGGCUUCAUCCCGUUAUCGGGCUAUUCAAGGGAAAGCCCUAUAGCUUGAUUCCAAGGAUCCUUAGAGUCUAUCAGGUGUCAAAGUGCCUUGCUUCGACAGCUACAGGAAAAGGAUUGCUCCCCUGUGGCCUAGGCCGAAAACCCCCAGUUUCUCGGUAGAGGAAUGCCCAUGGGUCUUCGGAUCCAAAGGACGUUGUUGAACAUCUCCAUUUCCAACCACAGGAAAGCAGCAAAAACCUACCGGAUGCACACUUCUUGAGCCUGCGUAUGAUUCUCAGCUCGAGGUCCGUCCCAAUUCUCCGUAGCCAUAAGGUCUGGACUGCUGCACCAGAGGGGAGGUUGGCACGUGUCGCCAUUUUAAUGUAUAUAAUUUGUUGCAAGAGACAUGAAAAUUAUUAUUUUUAUAUAAAAAAUUUUAUAUUAAAAAAUUGCAUUUUUGUUGCAAUAGACAUGAAGAUUGAGGGGGGGGUCAUCGUUAUUAAAGAACUUGAAAAAGCAGCUCAAAAAAAUCCUCAUUUUAUCGAUUGCAUUGAAAAAAUCAAACAAAUUUUAAAUAAAAAAAUCGAAAUUAUUGAAGAAGAAAUGAGCAAAAGUAAUUAUUACGAUAAAAAACAAAAAAUUAAAUCAAUUGAACGUAUUCAUCAAAAUUUGCCCGAAGAGAUUGAAAAAGAUGUAAAGCUGAAAAUUAAAGAAUGGAUAAAAAGCCUAAAGCUAAAUAAGGAAGAAAGAGCCAUUCUACUAGAAAACGCUACUAGAGAUAAGGAUUUAGAAAAACUGUGUCAAAUAAUUAUUGAUGACGUGCAUAAUAGAAGGGGUUCAAAAUCAAUAAAUGAUUCAAAGAACAGGCUGAAAAGUGUCUUGAGUUCAAUAAUUGAUGAAGCAUGCCAUGCUUUAAAGCAAAAUGAUCUAGAAUUAGCAUUGGAAAAAGCAACUAUAUAUGAGCACUACAAGUCCAUACUUAAAGCUUUAGGAAAUGAUGGGAAAAAUCUUAUUGAUAAAAAGCUAGGAAAUGAAAUCAAUAAAAAAUUUGAUGCUUUGUGUCGCUGUAUAUGAAACUUAAAAGAUGAGAAAGCAGAUGUUAUUGUAAACAACUGAAAAGACUUUCAAAGAAUAGUAGAAUUCAAUAUUAGACUUACUGACAUAGAAAAUGGGUACAGAUUAUCUUCUCUUGACAGGCUCACUCAAUAUACUUAUUCUACUUUGUCAGAUUUCUUUAUAUCUAUACAUAGAAAUUAUAGCUUAUCAAAACCUCCUAACAAUACGCAAUUUACUAAAUAUUAUCUUGACAAAAUCAGCGAAUAUGACAUAUUGCUUAAGGCAUUAAAAGAAUUUAAAUCUUUGCAUUGUGGAAAUUGUGAUAAUGAAGAAAUUGGAGAAGAAUUUUAUUAUGAUAGCAAUCCAAUAAAACUUUAUUUGAAUUUGUCGUAUUGUCAAAAUUACUCAGAAAUUAGAGAUGAACUUAAUAAUGAAUUUGGUGGGAUUGUGAAUUAUUUAAAGAGUUUUACAGUCCAAGAUGAUGAAAUAAAACACGAAAAAAUACUUGAUGAUCGCUUUAAAUUAUUAAAAGAAAAAUUUCAUGCAAUGAUAAUGUUUGAAGAGAUUAAAAAUCAUAUUUCAAACUUCUCUCAAUAUUUUGAUGAAUGUAUUAAAUCAAUUAAAGCAGAAAUUGAUUUAGUCAAGCAAAGCACAUUAGAUUGUAUAGCCAAAGAUGAUUUCUUAGACGCUGAUUAUGCAAAGCUUAGAAUUGGACAUAGACUCUUAAGUUCAUUUAAAAAUUCAAUACAUCUUGAAGGGAUAGAUUUAACACAAAUAUUGGAUAAGAUAGAAAAUACAAUCAGGAAAAAAGCAGAAAAUUAUAAAAAGAUAGCUUUAGGCUCUUUCACCUCAAUUGAUGAUGCUACUAAAUCAUUAAUCAGCAUAAAAACUAUAUCAAUAAACUUUCCUCCAAUGAAGAAAUCACUUGAAGAGCUAAUCGACCAGCUUUUAAUUCAAUUUAAGAGUCACGGCAACAUAAAAGUAAGAACAAUCUAUGAUAAGCUUGAAAAAGAGAACACUGGACUUAUAAUAAUUAAUGAACAUAAGUUCUUUGAAACUGAAAAGCAUAGACUAUGGGCAGAAAGAACAGAGAAAUUUAAUAUAGAUUAUGUUAUGGAAAGAAUAGAUGGAUCUAAUAUAGAUAAAACUGCAUUAAGAGAACAGUUUGUAAAGUAUAGCAAGUUUUAUAAAAAGAUUAGCAGCAAAUAUAUAGAGAUAACAGCAGAUUCAAGCAUAAAUGAUGCAAUAGAUGCGCUUUCAGGAUUGAUAAUUACUAAGUUCUCUAUUAGUGAUUUUGAUUUUGGCUCUGUGUCUUCUGUUACAAGCUUAAACAAAAUAGAUAAAAAAAUUAUUCCAAAGCUUCUUGCAUAUUUAGCUACAUUGUGAACUUUACUGAAUAUUAAAAAAACUAAGCCUGACUUAAAGGAGAAAAAUGAUAAAGAAAUAUUGUCGCCUCAUCCUGUUCAAGUUUUAUCAAUAUUUAGAAUGAUUGGCAUCGGCUAUAGCGGCCAAAUAACAUUUGCUAAUAAUCUCAUACAAAUUUUGACAGGAGAGGGAAAAUCUGUAACUUUAGGUCUAGCAUCAGCAAUUCUAGCUAUAUUGGGAUUCAGUGUAAGAUGUGCAUGCUACAGCGAACACUUAAGCAAAAGAGAUCAUGAAGAAUUUAGCGAAUUAUUUAGUUGCUUGCAUAUUUCAAACUGAAUCGACUAUGGAACUUUCAAUGAACUAUGCGAAAAUGAGAUCAAUAGCAAAAUAGAUAUAAGAGAAUUUGUUAAAAAUGAAAUAAAUCAAAACUCAGAAGAUUCAGAUUUUAGAACUCACCUGGAACUUGAAAGACCAAGAAUAUUGUUGAUUGAUGAAGUUGAUGUAUUUUUUGGCAAAUCAUUUUAUGGAAAAAUUUUUAGGCCCGCUGCUACCCUUCAGAAUGAUUUUAUAAAAAACCUAAUUAACCUAAUUUGAAGCAGAAGAAAUGGAAAUCUCAAUUUAGCAGACAUAUUAAAAUCUCAAGAAUUUAUAAAAUGUCGAUCUUAUUUUUCUAAUUAUCAAGAAUUGAUUGUUGAAGCAGUAAAAGAUAUGAUAUAUGAUCUGCAAUACUUACUCCCCCCUCCGUGAGUGAACAAAAAAAUUUUGUUCACUCACGGGGAGUUAAUUUUUUUAUUUUAAAAAAAGUUAGUGAAACUGACUAUAUAAAUUUUAUAGAAACUAUUUUUUUUUCGAAAUUUAAAAAAAUCCUAAUUCGCAAAAAUUGGAAAGCAAAUAUUAAUUUAAUUUGUAAAAUUUAUGUUUAAAAAAGCAAUUCGUUUAAAAUUAAACAGAAUUAGCUCUAGAUUUCAUUAUACUAAUUAUCAUUUAUAUAUCAAAAUUUUUUUCCAUAAAAUUUUUGCUAUUUAAAAAUUUUUGUUCACUCACGGAGGGUGGGUUUUUGGUCAAAAAAUAGCGAUUUUUCUAAUGGUUUUGUUCACUCACGGAGGGGGGGAGUUAGACUCUCAUGAGUACAUUUUGCAAGAUGAUCGCAUAGGGUAUAAAAUGCAUGAUGGAGUGUCAUUCCAUACGAGCUAUGGAUAUUAUACUAUGUGGACUUAUUAUAAAGAGCAUGAAAAUAAUCGCAUUAGCAAACGAAGCCUUGGAAAUCACAUUGGAAUUAGCAUAAGAUGUGGAGACUUUUCCUAUGCUGAAAUGCCAAAUAAUUUUACUCAUAUUAUGGGAGUAACAGGAACUCUAAAAACUCUUGGCCACCAUGAAAAAAAUAUAAUUGAAAAUGACUAUAAUAUAAGAAAUUACACCUAUAUGCCUUCUGUGUUUGGAGACAAUAAUAGAAUUUUUAGAGAAAAUGCAGAUAUAUACGUCGAAAAUGAUAAACAAAAUUAUUUUCAAAGGAUAAGUGACGAAAUUAACAAUCGCAUGAUUGGUAGCAACCGAGGAGAGAGAGCAAUUCUAAUAUUUUUCGAAACUUCUGAAAAAUUGUUGGAUUUUUAUAAUACCUCUAAUCCAAGCUGAAAAAAAUAUCUUAAUCUUAAAUUAUUUAUAACAUUUUACGCCCACUACGGGGUAGCCUUGUCCAGAACUGCCACCAUAUUUUCCCACGUUUCGGGCUCAUGGAGCUCUGGAUCAUCCACUUUAUUCACCAAGGGACAGGCAAACACAGCGUUUCGGCUUCGACGGGAUGAAAAAAAUAUCAGUUUCAAAUGGUAACUGAAGAUUUAAGGUCAGGAGAUCGCUAUAGAAUGAUUAAUCAGGCAACAAUAUCUGGGUACGUCAGUUUGUUUACCAGAGUCUUCGGACGCGGAAUUGAUUUUAAAUGUCAAAAUCAAACCGUUGAAAGUAGUGGUGGAGUCCAUGUAAUUCAAACUUUCUUAUCCGAAGAGGCAUCAGAAGAAACUCAAAUUAUGGGUAGAUCAGCAAGGCAAGGGCAGCAAGGAUCAUUCAGCAUGGUAUACACCAGGAUAUGCUAUAGAUUGCCUAUGCUAUCUAUCGUACCCUAACAAUUGCAAUAGAUUUGGAACCAACGUUUUCAAAUCAGCACGUUGACAAAUACUAAUUAUAGAACAUUUGUCAACUCAUGGAGUUGGUUUGACAUUUUUGGUGCCAAACAUCUCCAUAAGUUGAAGUUCAACAGUAGCCUAGGAUGAUUUAUAAUGGGUCCUGGGUUAUAUUGUUUGCAGAAGAGCUUCAAAAAUUUCAAAUCAAUGAUAUAGAUAUUUUAAAUGCUCGUAAUAAUUCAACAAUCUAUGAUCUUUUGCGUCAAAAAAGAAACGAAUUUUAUGAAACCAAAAACAGUAAUGAAAAUAAGCAUGUGAAAUACAUAAAACAGUCUCAUGAUAGAUCCAUUGAAUUCUUAAAUAAUAUCACCCAUGGAAAUCUUGAUGGGUUCAAAAGUUUCAUACUUGAACAAAACAUCUCAAACUUUACAGAAAAUAGCUAUAAUAUCAUUAUUUUGCUUCAGGCUACAGAGCCUAUGUCUCAUCUCCUCCAAAAUGCCAAGAAUACAAUUGGGAUGAUUUUCAAGCGCGCUAGAGAAAUUUUAGCAAAGAAAGCAGUUAGUCCAGGGUGUUUCCAAAUUAAAUAUUGCAUUUAUAGAACGUCUUCUUGCCCUAAUGAUUUAAUUUUUCAAGCAUCUCCUUGGUCAAAUAAGCCAAGUGUAUUAGAAUCCUUUAUCAAAGAAAUUCGCACUCAAGGGGGAAAAGGAAAUGAAGCCAUCAAUAAAGCAUUGAAAUAUAUUAAUGACAGACAUCACCAUGAAAAGAUUUCUAAAGUAAUUCUUAUUGGAGACUUUGUGAAUACUGCAUCUCAAAGUCCGUUUAAUAAUCAAUUUAGCAAGAAAAAGAAGCAUAAAUCUUCCCAAAUUUCUUCAAUGGAAGAUUAUCAUGAAGAGCUAGCAAAAGCUGCAAGAAACGGAAUUCCGAUUCAUGGAUUUUAUACAAGCCCAAGCUCAAGUAGUGCAUUUGAAGAAAUUGGUGAAACGACCAGAGGAGCUAAUGCCUUUUUAGAUAUAAAUUCUCAUUCAGGAGCGGAAAAUCUCACCAAUGCAAUUUGCAAAGAGAUCUUGAGAGUGGCUUCGGGCGAAGAUGCUGUAAAUCUUUAUCAAAGACAGUAUGAAAUGGCGAACUUUAAUAGAAGCUUUUACAGCGUUCAUCGUUAA